AUGCCGUCCGGAACAGGCGUCGUCGACGCGUUCAAGAAUCUCAUUCGCCAUGGAAAGAACCACCACACUGUGCGCGCUCAGGACGAACCCGCAUAUCAGGCUGCUUCCCAUCAGCCACCAUCUGCAUCUCAUCAACCGAAACAACAGCAGCGCGACGUACCGCACACUGCUGCUCAGCCAACGCAGCAACAACAGCAGACCCCGCACAAGGGCGCUUCCAAAUUUAAAGAGCACGCCGAGACCAUCGUGCAGGAGGAGCGCGAGGCCAAGGGCAAGAUGCCUACUUACAAGGGCCUCGAAAACUACAAGCUCCUGGACAAGAUGGGGGACGGCGCCUUCUCCAAUGUCUACAAGGCUAUCGACACUAGAACGGGUCAGAAAGUAGCAGUCAAAGUAGUGCGGAAAUAUGAACUCAGCGCGUCGCAGGCCGGUGACAAGCAUCUGAACCGCGAAUUCAAAAAGAAGCCGCGUGUUACAGAGCGCGCGAACAUUCUCAAAGAGGUUCAGAUCAUGCGUGGUGUAAGCCACCCAUCAAUAGUAAAGCUUUUGGGCUUUUUCGAAUCGCAAGAACACUACUUCUUGAUCCUCGAGCUCCUUGAGGGCGGGGAGCUCUUCCACCAAAUCGUCAAGCUAACGUACUUCAGCGAAAACCUUGCGCGACACGUUAUCCUCCAGGUCGCCCAAGGGAUUCGAUAUCUCCACGAAGAGCGUGGUGUCGUGCACCGAGACAUCAAGCCGGAGAACCUGCUAUUUGAACAGAUACCGAUCAUGUCGAGCCCGAAUCCGCCACCAAAGCAGUUCGAGGAAGACAAGGAAGACGAGGGCGAGUUCAUCCCGGGCGUUGGUGGCGGCGGAAUCGGACGCGUGAAGAUUGCCGACUUCGGAUUGAGUAAGGUCGUGUGGGACGAGCAGACGAUGACACCAUGUGGGACUGUCGGGUACACCGCGCCUGAGAUCGUGAAGGAUGAGCGGUAUAGCAAGAGCGUGGAUAUGUGGGCGCUCGGGUGUGUUCUCUACACACUACUCUGCGGAUUCCCGCCGUUCUACGAUGAAAGCAUCAACGUACUCACGGAGAAAGUAGCGAGAGGUUACUACACGUUCCUCAGCCCAUGGUGGGACGCGAUUAGCGAUUCAGCGAAGGAUCUGAUCACACAUUUACUGUGUGUCGACCCUGCGCAGCGAUACACCAUUGACGAAUUCCUCGCACAUUCUUGGUGUAAUGCAGCCCCCGCUCCUCCACCACCGCCUACACCUUUUGCUCCCCCACUCGACUCUCCCCUACUCGCCGGCGUUCGUGGCCAAGCCGGUGCAGGUGCACGAUCACCAGGUAUUGCGACGCUAAAGGAAGCGUUCGACAUCACGUACGCCGUCCAUCGCAUGGAAGAGGAAGGCGCCCGGAGACGCGCAGCGAAAGGCGGCGCGAACCGCGGUUUCCUUACAAAUCUUAAUGAGAGCGAUGAGGAAAUGGAGGACGCGCGGCUGCCCACCAUCCGCGGGCGGCAGCCACCGCAAGGGAACAUUGCUGAGGCAGGCCAGGCCGGAAUCGGCGCGGGCGCGAAGGCGGCGGCGAAGCGGGCGGUGCAGGAUUAUGACGGUCGGGCAGGUCCACGCGACCGGGGAGGACGCAAGGGACACCAGCCGUUCGAGUUGGACUUGCAUGGCUCAACUCUGCUGGAGCGGCGACACCGACGUGGGGCUCCGGGUGCGGACGUGAGUAGUCCGCUGGCACGCGGGAUACAGCAGCCCAAGGACCUGGUGGAUGUUCCUGGGAGUCCCAUGCGCAUCGACUAG